AUGGCAGUAGUCGUUUUAUUCGGUAAAAUUUGUUGCCGUGUGGUUGAAAAUCGUGUUUGUUUUUUGUUUAUUUUUCAAAACAAAAACAAAACAUUUUUUUACAUCGAAAAUGAAUGAAAUUCAUCAAUUGAAUCAGCAAUCGAUCAGUUGUGAUCAACAACAACAACAACGUGAAACAUUCAUACCGAAUGUUCCGGAUUAUUAUUGUUUUGUUGAUGAAAAUUUUCUUAGCGAAACAUUUAGUGUUGAUGGUUUUGUUCGCCGUAAUAGUAAACGUGUACAAUCAUUGGAAAUAUUGAAAGAACAUUUAAGUGCCUAUCUAAAAUUGCUCAAACAAUCAAUGGUUAAUUUGAUAAAUGCUGAUUAUACUGAAUUUGUUAAUCUUUCGGCCAAUUUGGUUAGUUUUGAUAAAUUAAUCAAGAAUAUUAAAACACCGGUAUUGAAAUUUAAAAAUGAAACCGAUUUGGCUCGAUCCAAAACAAAUGAAACAAUCACUUUGAUUACGGCCAAACAUGAUCGAUUGAAACAAAUUCGUGAAAAUAAACGUAAACUAUCAAUGAUAUUGGAAAUUAUUGAUUAUCUAGAUCGAAUCGAAACCAAUCAUGAACGAAUUGAAUCAAAAAUUUCUGUAUAUCAAAACGAUUUCGAAGCUAAACGAUCAGAAAUUUAUCCCGGUUUAGGUGAAAAUUCUACUUUAAUCGCUCGAUUGAAUAUCAAUUUUGAUUGUCUUUGGUCGUUGAACGAGACCACCAAAACCAAUCAAACGUUUGUUCAAAAUCUUCGAAAUCGUUUUGAAAAAGUGACUCAACAAUUCCAUGAAUAUUUGGAAAAUGAACUUUUAUUUCUUAUCAACACUGAUCGAUCGAAAGAUGAACAAAUCACCUUAAAUAUAAGCCUGGCUUUGGAACAAAUAUUUGCACUAUAUUUGAUUGAUGGUCAAAAUCAAAAAGAAUUAGAACGAGUGAUUCGAACUCAUAUUGUACAACCUGGUUUUCAGGAGAUAAUUUCCAACAGCAAUCAAGUGGCAACAAUAUUCAAUCGAACAAUCGAUUUGAUUGAAAACGAAUGGUCAUUAUGGAUCAAUGUUUUGAUCAAUACAAAACAAUUUGAAUCAUUUAAAUUCAAUUUAAUUCAAUCGAUUAUUUGGAAUCCAUUUGUUGAUCUGUUUCUGAUACGAUCACCAAUCUUAUUGGAUUUAUCCGAUCUAGAUCAAUUUGAACAAAAUUAUUUUCAAACAUUCGAAUUUGUUGAACAAUUUGUUCGAUUAACCUCACUGUCGGAUCGGAUGUUUCAAUUUGAACAACAAUCCAGCUUUAAACGUUUGAAAUCAAAAUUCAAGCUAAAUGUUUAUUUUCAUAUGAAAUUACGACGAUUAUCUUCGGAUAUGGAAAAUCGUUUCGAUCAAUUGGGUUAUUCUAUCAACGAUAAAAUUGAUCAUCAACAAAAUCAAAAUCAUCAAUAUCGAAUGAAUGUCACAAAAAUGAUUUAUGAUCAUUUGAUUGAUUGUUGGCCAAAAUCCAAAAAUCAAAAUAAUAUUGGUGAUAUGUUUAUUUAUUGUUGGAAAUUAUCAUUGAAAGUAUUGUCUCGAUUUACCAUUUGGAUGGCUACAAUUGAUUUGGCUAAAAUUAUGGCCAAUUUGAACAAAUCAUCAAUGAUAAAUAAUGAUGGUGAUACAAAAAGAUUAAUUCGUCAAACAUUAAUUUAUUUGAUUUCGGAUUCAAAUUUAUUCCUAAAUGAAACAACAAAAUUAUUCACCGAUUUGAUUGAACCAUUUUGGUUAAAUUAUUACCGGAGCAGUUUAAUUCAUCGAUUAUCCAAUAAUCAUGAAUCAAUUUCAGAAGGUUCUCUUCGAUGUUCAUUCGAUGAAUUUGUUACCAAUUUUCGUACGAAAUCUAUCGAUAAAUUAAUCUUGUUAAUGCGUAAUGAAAUUGUUAACGAAUGUAAAAUUUGGCUUAAUCAGGUGAAUGAUAUACCACGAUUAUAUCGACGAACAAAUAAAGAAAAACCAAAAGAAGCAUCUAACUAUGUGGAUAAAUGUCUACGGCAAUUGAUUGAUUGUAUGGGAAUGUUGGGCAACCAAAAUAAUGAUUCAACCAACACGAUGAUGAUCAACACUAAUCAAUGUUUAUUAGACAUACUAAACGAUCUAACUGUACAUUAUAAACAUUUAACAUUAGAAGUAUUAACUUCGGUACAGAAAACUGAAGAAAGUUUAAAAAAAUUAAAAAAACAUAAAGGAUUUAGUAAUUCGACAAUGGUGGCUGCCAAUCAAUCAUCCAACAUGUCUGAUGAUGAUAAAAUACGCUUACAGAUUUAUUAUGAUGUAACAACAUUGGGCAAACAGUUGCAAGAAAAACUGGCCAUAGAUAUUGAUUCAUUAAAAUCAUAUAAAGAAUUAAUGGCCACAAUAGAAUCAUUAAAAUUAUUGAAAUAAAAAAAUUUGCUUCAUAAAUAUAUCACAA